AUGGACUGGACCGUCUUCAGAACAGCUGCAGUGCUGUUCAUUUUUCUGGUGGUGAUGGAAGUUAACAGUGAAUUUCGAGUCCAGGUAAGAGAUUACAAUGCUAAAAAUGGUACCAUCAAGUGGCAUACAAUCAGAAGGCAAAAACGGGAAUGGAUCAAAUUUGCUGCAGCUUGUCGUGAAGGUGAAGACAACUCGAAAAGGAACCCAAUUGCCAAAAUUCAUUCAGACUGUGCUGCAAAUCAGCAAGUUACAUACCGGAUCUCUGGAGUAGGAAUUGAUCAGCCACCUUAUGGAAUCUUCAUCGUUAACCAAAAAACUGGUGAAAUUAAUAUCACAUCCAUAGUUGAUCGAGAGGUCACCCCUUAUUUCAUUAUCUAUUGCCGGGCUCUAAAUUCACAAGGCCAAGACUUAGAGAGGCCUCUGGAGCUCAGAGUCAGGGUUUUGGAUAUAAAUGACAACCCUCCAAUAUUUUCUAUGUCUACUUUCAUAGGACAAAUAGAAGAAAAUUCUAAUGCAAAUACCCUGGUGAUGAUACUAAACGCUACUGAUGCAGAUGAACCAAAUAAUUUGAACUCCAAAAUAGCCUUCAAGAUCAUAAGUCAGCAACCUUCUGAUUCACCAAUGUUUAUUAUCAACAGAUACACUGGAGAACUUCGAACAAUGAAUAAUUUUCUAGAUAGGGAGCAAUACAGCCAAUAUAGUCUUGCUGUAAGGGGCUCGGACAGAGAUGGCGGGGCAGAUGGCAUGUCAGCAGAGUGUGAAUGCAGCAUUAAAAUCCUGGAUGUCAAUGAUAACAUCCCAUACAUGGAACAGUCUUCAUAUUCCAUAAUUAUAGAUGAAAAUGCUCUAUAUUCAGACAUACUCCAGAUCAGAAUCAUCGAUUUGGAUGAGGAGUACUCAGCUAACUGGAUGGGAAUGAUUUUCUUUAUCUCUGGAAACGAGGGAAAUUGGUUUGAAAUAGAAAUGAAUGAAAGAACAAAUGUGGGGACUUUAAAGGUCGUGAAGGCCCUAGAUUAUGAAGCCAUGAGCAAUCUGCAACUUAGUAUUGGUGUUAGAAAUAAAGCUGAAUUUCAUCAUUCAAUUAUGUCUCAAUAUAAACUCACAGCAACUGCAAUCUCUGUGACCGUGUCAAAUGUGAUUGAAGGCCCAGUGUUCCGUCCAGGUUCAAAGACAUUUAUAGUAAAUCGUAAUAUGGGAAAAAAUUAUAGUGUGGGAGAAUUUGUAGCUAUUGAUCAGGACACAAAUCUCCCUUCAACAACUGUUAGAUAUGUCAUGGGAAAUAAUCCAGGUGGUCUGCUAGAUAUUGACUCAAGAACAGGAAUAAUUACUUUGAGAAAUAGAGUUACCAAGCAACAAUAUGAAAUGCUUAAUGGAAGAUACCAAGGAACAAUUCUAUCCAUAGAUGAUACUCUUCAAAGAACUUGUACUGGUACAAUUAAUAUUAACAUUGACGGUUACGGGGAUGAAGACCAAGUUACUACUACUGGUGGUGGUACUAACGACCGUGAUCCCAGCAUUGGCCCAGAGUUCACUACUUCUUCUCCUUAUGAAUUAACUGACAACACAGAAAAAAACCCUUUGGGGCCUGUUGGUCCAUGGCAAGGGCAAGGUAUUUCUGACAAUGUACAUUUCGGUCCUGCUGGCAUUGGACUACUCAUCAUGGGAUUCUUAGUCCUAGGAUUGGUCCCAUUUCUGUUGAUGUGCUGUGAUUGUGGAGGUGGCCCUGGUGGUGGAGCAGGAUUUGAACCUGUUCCUGAAUGUUCAGAUGGAGCAAUUCAGCCCUGGGCAUUAGAAGGACCACAGCCUGAACUCCGGGAUUUGAAUACUAUCUGUGUACCACAGAUACCACCUGAUAAUGCAAAUAUAAUUGAAUGUAUUGACAACUCAGGGGUUUACACAAAUGAGUAUUGUGGCAGAGAAAUGCAAGAUCUGGGAGGAGGAGAAAGAACAACUGGAUUUGAAUUAUCAGAGGGAGUUAAAACAUCAGGCGUACCUGAGACAUGUCAAGAAUAUUCUGGAACAUUAAGAAGAAAUUCUAUGAGGGAAUGCAGAGAAGGAGGUCUGAAUAUGAAUUUCAUGGAAAGUUACUUCUGCCAGAAAGCAUACGCUUAUGCAGAUGAAGAUGAAGGACGCCCAUCCAAUGACUGUUUGCUCAUAUAUGAUAUUGAAGGUGCAGGUUCCCCUGCUGGCUCCGUGGGUUGUUGUAGCUUCAUUGGAGAAGACUUGGAUGACAGUUUCUUGGAUACUCUGGGACCCAAAUUUAAGAUUUUGGCAGAUAUCAGCCUUGGAAAAGAAGUCGAAUCAUAUCCAUGCCCGGAUCCCUCCUGGCCACCUGAGAACACUGAACCAAUUUGCCCCCAGCAGGGAACAGAGCCCAUGUCCCCACAUUUUGGCACUACCACAGUAAUUUCUGAGAGCACCUACCCUUCAGGACCAGGUGUACAGCAUCCUGUUCCUAUCCCUGAUCCUCUGAGCUAUGGUAAUGUCACUGUGACUGAGUCUUAUACCACCUCUGGCACUCUGAAGCCCUCUGUCCACAUUCAUGAUAAUCGACACCCAUCAAAUGUGGUGGUGACAGAGAGGGUAGUUGGUCCAAUGUCCGGCACUGAUUUUCAUGGAAUGUUAGAUAUGCCUGACUUGAGAGAUGGGUCCAAUGUUAUAGUGACAGAAAGAGUAAUAGCACCUGGUUCAGGUCUACCUACCUCUCUGACCAUGACUGAUCCUAGAGAGUCAUCAAAUGUGGUAGUGACAGAAAGAGUAAUCCGACCAACCUCUGGGAUGAUGGGCAUGAAUACGCAUUCUGAGUUGUCCAAUGCACACAAUGUGAUUGUGACAGAGAGGGUGCUCUCUGGCUCUGGAGUAACUGGAUUUAGUGGCUCUGCAGGAGUAAGUGGAGGCAGUGGCACAGUCAGCAGUGGCCUGAUUGGCACCAGCCUUGGUGCUGGAGGGGGCCUUAGUGGAGGUGGGGGCUAUAGUAGCAGCAUGGGGGGGACAGCCACCAUUGGCCACAUGAGGAGUUCCUCUGACCAUCACUUCAGCCAGACCCUUGGGUCUGCCUCACCUAGCACAGCCCGAAGUCGAAUCACAAAGUACAGUACAGUGCAAUAUACCAAGUAG